UUGUCAGCAGCUGCAACAUCCAUCUCCAAAGUUCUCCCACACCGUUGACAGUUCGCUUCAAGUGUAUGCUGAUUUAAUAAAUGUUUUUCCUCCUAAAACAUGGAUAUAUUCGACGCUUAAUAGUAUUUCAAACGUGAAGUGGCCGUUUUGAUGGACUCUCCCCAACUUUUCUCGACUCACCUUUCAGUACAGGCUCUGACGUGUGCCAGCACGCGGAUCGAUUACAAAGGGCGUCGAGGGCAGUCGAGAUGGCAUCUGAAGGAGCCGUGCGGCACGCGCGGGCGGGACACGCCAUGAGAGUUUCUGUCGCUUCCCGGAAGGACCGCAUCCAACUCAAGCGCUCUUUGUCUUUUACUGCUGACCAAGGGGAGAAGAAAAAAAAAAAAGUCCAAAUGCAGCCACGUGCGUGUACGUCACAAUCCACACAAGCGUGGCCCCUCCUGAGUCACGUGACGCCAGCGCCGGCUGAUGCUGCGAGCAGCGAGCGGACACACUGGAGAGAGUGUCAGCCUGCCUGCCAGCCGAGCACCCGCCACAUUUCUUUUUCCAUACUCCCGCUCGCAGGUGACAGUGGAACUGGAUUGGAGUUCUUCAUGCAGACGCCAGGAGGUCGGCACAGUCACGGGCCCACCCGCUAACGCGGCCAAACAGCAGUUCGCCGCUCCAAAAAGGCAGUUCAUUAAAGCAGGCACUGCGGCAGGUCUAGGAUGACCGGCAAGAGCCAGACCAGCAACGUGACCAACAAGAAUGACCCGCGCUCGCUCAACUCCCGCGUCUUCAUCGGCAACCUCAACACGGCGGUGGUGAGCAAGGCUGACAUCGAGGCCAUCUUCGCCAAGUACGGCAAGAUCGUGGGAUGCUCCGUGCACAAGGGCUACGCCUUUGUCCAGUACGUCAGCGAGAGGAACGCCCGGGCAGCUGUGGCGGGCGAGAACAACAGGGUCAUUGCGGGACAGUCGCUAGAUAUCAACAUGGCAGGAGAGCCCAAACCAUACCGGCCAAAGCUGGCCACCAAGAGGCCGCUGUCCACCCUCUACAGUGGCUACGAGUUUGACUACGACUACUACAGAGAUGAUUUUUACAGCCGAUUGUUUGAGUACCACGGUCGCGUGGUGCCACCCGCCCGGGCCGUCAUUCCGGUGAAACGCUCACGGCUCGUCGUGCCGUCUGUCCCGCGCAGGAUCAAGUCCUCUUUUUCCGUCCGAACCUGCUCUUCAUCGUCCUCUUCGUCCUCCUCCUCUUCCCCAAGGCUUGUCAACAUCCCGUCGUCUUCUGUCAUGGGACCCAAACUGAAGACAGAGCAUCUGCUGAGCAUCAAAAAGGAACUGUCGCAGAUCAAGACCAAGAUCGAUUCCCUGCUGGGAAGGCUUGACAAAUUUGAGAGGCAGCAUGAGAUGCAGAGAAAACACGAGGAGGCGUGCGAGUGUCACCACAGCAACCAGGCCGACCACUCUGGUGGAGAUGAAUUGGGUGCGGAGGCCGAGGCUGGGGAGAUGACAGACGGCGGCGACGAUUACUUUGAGGACGAGGGCGCCGGUGACAUGAGAGAGAACCACAUAUCGGAUAUCGACAACUGAGCAAGUGAAGCAAAGGGAAACCUGCAGUGCACAAAGAUUGCAGAAGUUAACCAGCAAAGCCUCCGUCAGCCAGAAGAACUGUUUGAAAUGGAAGAUCAACAACGGAGGGAACGACUUGUUUGUUCCGUGUAUGCCUCAUCAGAUUAAAAAAAGAAAAAACAAAUAUUGACAGUCCCGAUGUGUUGUCAUCCAAACUGGUUUUGAGUGGCAAGAUCAAACGAAAAGAGCAAUCGGCAAAUGCUAACUUGUAAGUACAAUAUGCUUUGUGCUCAGCCUCUAUGGUCUGUAUUGUCUAUAAUUCUGUUGUACAGCAAAUGUAUGUUGAAAAUAUGAAUGUAAGAGGAACCACUUAAUGUGCUUUGCUUUACUUGUACAGUUGUUUUGUUUUUGUCUUUCGGUCACAGUACCCAUCUUACAGUGUCCUUGUUACAUUCUGUCAAAGAAGAGAUGAAUAUUUUUUACAAUCAGCAUGUAGUAACAAAUAGAAAGGGAUUGUCACGGAUCAUUUGUAUUCAUUGCUUUGGUUGUACAGCUAUGAAUAAUAAGAUGGGUUUUUGGAAUAAAACACUUCCUCCCAUAAAAGUUUCAUUUA